AUGAAUCGAGAAAUACCCGGCUUUUACUAUGACACAACCAAACGCAAAUACUUUCGCAUCGAAGACGCCCGCACUGCCCCCAGCGACGCUGCUUGGUCGGCGCCCAACGUCAAGCGCCGCGCCGUCGAGGCUAAAGAGGACGAGGCUCGUCGCGAGAGGCUGCGCCGUGAGGAGGGCCGGGUGAGGAGGGCGCGCGUCUUGUCGUUGAGGGAGGGGCCGCUUGUGGGGGGGUUGUUGGGGCGGGAGGUGGGUGGGCAGGUUGGUGGUGGUGUUGGUGGUGGGGAUGGGGGGGAGGUGGUUGCGAGGGCGUGGGCGGCGGGGUUGAAGGCGAAGGGAUCAUUGAGUUGGUUGCCGCCGCGUGAGGGGGUGAUUUCGGCGAUGUGGAUUGGUAGGAGUCAUGUGAGGAGUGAGAUGGGGUUGGCGUAUGCGGUGGUGAAUGGCGCGGUUCCGGUGGCGGCCUAUCUUCCGAGAGAUGCGGACGACUGUAUCAACUUUCAGGGCGGUGGCGCACGGUACCCCCAGGUCGAUCUCCGGUUUAGGAAUUUUCGGGGGCAGAACGAGCGGAACUCCAAGGCCGUCAAGUUCCAUGAGCCGUCCUCCAAGAUUCUUGUGGCGUGGGAAGGUAGCCGGGGCAUCGGCAUCACUCACUUCACACCGCGGUCCCCGGAUCCGAGCGAGCCAGGCCCUGCGUGGGUGGUAGGAGGGGACGUGGAUAGCGUACCAAUCAUGGACUCAAUUCUUGUCAACGAGUCCGCUACCGCCUUCAACGCACUACAGCCAGCCCCUCCGGCAUCACGACUGACCUGCAUCGCCGGCACCAACGCCGGUGUCGCGCAAUUGCGGAGCGACAACCUUACCUGGCUCACGCCGUCACCACCGCCCCGCCACCGCCACCGCCACCGCCAACACACCCCGAAGCCAAACCCGGCAGCCCCAUGGCAAGGCGACGUACUCUCCGUAGACUUUCUCGGCCAAAACCCCGCCGAGGUGAUCCUCGCGGGCACGCGGUCAGGGCACGUCUGUGUCCUCGACACGCGGGUCCCGCCGCACGAGUGGUCCGUCCGCAGCAACACCUUCCGGCAUGUCAGCAGCGCGGCCCAUGUCCGGGCCGUCGGCGAGUACGACGUGCUGGCGGCCGGCCCUCCCAACGCCAUGGCCCUCUACGACGUCCGCUACCUUCGCCAGCGCAACCCCACCGCCAACCUAGACGACAACAACAACGCGGCCCGCCCCAUAGUAACCUUCCCGCACUACGACAACGCCGCCAACAUCCACGCCGGGCUCGACGUGCUGACCGCCGCCGGCUAUGGCGGGGGCAUCGUGGCGACGGCACACACCACCGACGUGUCGACACCAUCAUCAAGAGCAGCAGCAGCAGCAGCAGCAGCAGCAGCGGCAGCCCCACCAACGCCGGCGUGGCAGCAACCACAACCACUUCAACAACAGCGGCGUCGUUGGGGGAGGGACCCGAAAAAGGCGGAGGAGCAUCGGCCGCAAUACGAGGUGGCGCUGCACUCGCUGCGGGACGGGACACGGAUCGCCGGCGGGGAGGUGGAUGGGAUCCGGGCGCCGGCGGUGGCGCAGAGUUUGAUGUGGCAGACGCUGCCGGGGGAACGGCACCCGAGUCUGUUUGUUGGGGAGGGGGCGAAUAUUGGCAAGUAUUCGUUUUGGGCGUGA